AUGUUCGCUUAUAUUUGUUCUUUGAAGCCUCCUCGUGUAAAACGAAUUGUGCAUAUUAGUGCCUUAAAAAGAUUUGAUGUUAAUAAACAUGUGCCAAAUCAAAAAUAUAAACUUAUCGAUGGAGAUGAAUCACAAGAGUGCAUUGUAUGGAGAUUUGCAGAUACUAAGGAAGAACUGGAAAAACAUAUUAACGAAACGGGAAACAGAGAUCGCUUGCCAUCGGUUAAAACGUUGCAAUCAGCUGCGGAAUCAACAGACGAUGAAACGCAAAUGUCCAAACGUCCUGGAAAAUCUGUUAAGCGUAAAGCUGAUAACAAUAACGUUCUAGCAGCUUUAAAUAAGCAACUAGCAAAAUUAGAUAAUACUGAAAACAAUUCGAAUCAAGAGAAAAAUGUGUUUCAAUCCGAAAUCAUUGAACCAGAUAAAGAAAAUAGUAUAUGUUCAGAUUGUGAACAAUUUAGAAAACAAUUAAAAUCUGAACAUGAAAGAAUUGUACAAUUAACAGAUGAGAUCGAUGAAAGAAAUAAAGACUUGUCAGAGUCACUUGAUCGAGAGUUUAUUUUGGGGGACAAAGUUAAAAAAUAUUUAGAGGAACUUCAAACAUUAAGAGAACUUAAUAUGGAAUGGCAAAAAACUGCAAUUGAAAAGCAUAAUAAUGUAUUAGCGUUACAUAAAGCAACAGUCGAGACUCCCAGACAAUUUCAAGGCACUGGAAAGUAUCCUCCAGUUGGUUACAUAACAGAGGAUGAAUCGGAGAUUCACCUUGGAAGAGGCAUUUAUUUGUCCAUGCAGGCUUGGGCUCUUGCCUUACAUGUUCCAACUACUCGCCAGGCAACGUUUGCUAAAAAUAUUUUAGUAUCAUUAUGUGGGUAUGAUUAUUUAACCCAAACUACGGUGACAGGAAAGGGAAGUAAUCGCAAUAAACAAAGUAGGAAACCUCAACAGCAACUGGACCCCAAAAUUGUUCUAGCUAUCCGAGAUAUUUACACUUACUACUUAAUAACAGAAAAAAAAUUGACUGAAGAAGAGGCAGAAAUCCAAGCAGGGAAAGUACAUACGCAUAUUAGCAAGAAAAUUAGUUCUUUAAAAGAACAAAAGCAAAAAGCAUAUGCAAAGAAAUCUUCGAAACCGAUAUUAGGAACUGAUGAAAAUGAUUCGGAGGGACCUACAACUUCAGGUGGUCCUGAUAUAGUUAGAACAUUGAAUGAGACAGUUGCCGAUGAAAAUUCUGGUAAUGUGGAGUUAAAUUCAAGCAGACCAACUGAGUGUCCAGUUGAUCAUGUCGAUGAUGAAAUGAAUUCUUUAUUAGCCAACGAAGAAUAUUUAAUUGCAGCUGUCAGUGAUGAUGAUACUGACGCUUUCAACUAAGUCACAAUCUCAUAAGUAUCUUUCUUUCGAAGUUUAACUUCUUUUUUUUAUUCAAUCGUUUUAUAUUUCAAAGUAUUAAUGUACCAAAAUUUGCCAUUUAAGAAUCAUCAGUAUUACUUAAUAUUAUAUGUAAACAUUAAAAUGUUAGUUUUUAAGUUUUUUGUUAGAAGAUUAGUUGAUAUUAUUUAUUAAUUUAUUUAACUACUAAAUUAAUAAUUUUUUAAUUUGUUAAUUAACAAUUUUAUAAACACGCAGUUCGUAGA